GGUGCCCGGCGGAGCUGUCAGCGCCCGGCCGGGGAGCGCCGCCCGCCGCGGAGCGGGCGGACCGGGGGCGGUGGCGGAGUGUCGGUGUGUGUGUGGGGGGGAGCCGCGUCUCAGCGCUGCCCUCUCUUCCCUCUCCUCGCCGCCGGGCCCGUGUCCAGACCCUUGCGGAGCAGCCAUGGAGACCCUGGUCCGCCCCGCGGCCGGCAAGCCUCCGAGCGGGAGAAGAAUGAAAGCUCGCGCUCCUCCUCCACCAAAUCAACCUUCUGCAGCCAGUAGAAUUAACAACGAACACAAGUCAUCUGCAGAGACAGCAGUAAUUUCUGAUCAGAACCUUGUGAGCAUGAAGGAGAAUAUGAUAAACAGAUCGGUGGACUUCACAGUUAUUCUACCCAACGGCGUGGAACAGAAGACCACAGUACAAGGAAGUAAAGCUGUGAUGGAUCUGUUGGUUGAUUUAUGCAGCCGGUAUCAUUUGAAUCCAUCCCAAUACAGUCUUGAACUGAAGUCUUUGGGAACUGAGCAACCUCUGAGUUACAAGGCAAACACUUUGAUAGGAGCACUGGACGUACAGACAGUACUUCUGAAAGAGAAGGUGCCUGAAGAGAAGAUAAAGCGACCUCUGCCACGGGCCCCUGAGAAGUCUGUGAGGCUGGUGGUGAAUUACCUGAAGACACAGAAGGCAGUGGUUCGAGUCAGUCCGGAGGUGCCUCUCCACAACAUCAUUCCGGCUAUUUGCGAGAAGUGCGAGGUCAGUCAGGAACACAUCGUUCUUCUGCGAGACAGCAUCACUGGGGAGGAGCUGGAGCUUACCAAGUCCUUGGAGGAGCUGGGGAUAAGUGAGCUGUACGCCUGGGACAGAAAAAGAGUUCCUCCAUCAAAAACUCAGUCUGAACCUUCUCUGAACUACAGAGAACCAAGUCGAAGUGUUUCGCUAAGCAGUGAUGCAGUAGAAAAAGAAAAGAAAGGGUUUCUGGGAUUUUUCAAAGCUAAUAGAAACAACAGCAAGACAGAAGAACACUUGAGGAUGAACAGAGAUUAUGGUGAGGAGGAUGUUUUUAGUUCUACAUCUACAAGUGAAGGAAGCUUGGAUGGUUUUUCCACGGCACCAAACUCUCCUUCGGUGAAUUCUCGUUCCAGUAGCCUGGGUUCAUCGCUGUCCCUCGGUAACAUCUCAGGAAUGACAGCAAACCCAGAAGUGAAAAAGCGCAGAGCACCUCCUCCUCCAGUUGUGACACCUCCGUUGCAGAACAUGGAGAUGAGCGGACAGGAAAAGAUGGCAGUACAGAUUUCGCAAGGAGCAUCCCUAAACGAUUUACAGAAAAAGAAGAGGCGUGCGCCUCUUCCACCAACUCUGUCUGCUCCGCCCACUCCUGCCAUGCCAAAUAGGACAGAAGAGGUGGAAGACAAGAGGAAGAGCACAAUGGGUGAUGGACGGCAGGUGCCACAAAAGCCUCCUAGAGGCAUCACUCGGGGUCCACCCGAGUUAGUGAUCCCCCCACCCCCACCUUACCCUCCUCCUGACAGAGACAGUAUGGAUCCAGCAGUCUGUUACAGAGAAGCAGAUGUUACAGCACCAACAAAGCUGGUACCUAAACAGAGCCUGCUGCCUGCACAUGAUAAUGCUUAUGCAGUGGAUGACACGGUUAUGGAGCUAUCUGAGGUAGAAGAAACAGCAUCAGAAAGCAGCUGUUUUGCAUCAGAGGACACCACUGAAGACUCAGGUGUUGUGAGCUCCCCAUCUGACAUUGUAUCUUUGGAUUCACAAAAUGACAGCAUGAAGUCAAGAGACAUCAAGCUGGUCAAUGGCUACAUGGACUCAGCUGAGGCAGAUGCAAUGUGUGGCACAGAGACAUGCCCUGUAAAGAAGACCUCCUGCAGUAACAUGGGAUAUGACAGUGCUCCACAGAGCAGCAAAAAUGAAGAAAUAACUGCAGCUAAGCAUGGAAAUGAGGAUGUAUUCAUUGAUGCACAACUCCAGCAGACUUUGGCUGACCUGGAUGAAGAUUUAGAAGCAAUGGAUGUUAAAAGUAACUCUGACUCUGAGUGUAUGAGUGAAGUGCUGAGCCCACAUGUAAGAAAAGUUGAGGAUCCCCAGGAUGUUGCCAGUUCUGUUCCAGUGACAGUCAUAGAUGAUGUUCCAGAAGUUACCAUCUCUAAUUCACCUAGAAACCAAGAGACAAGGGGUUCACGGAACUUACUAGCUGACUCUGUCAGUACAGGAAACUUUACAAAUAAAAACAACAAUGCGGGUUCCUUUGAUAAAGGGCACACAGAUACUGGAGCUGUAUGUAAAUCCAAAGACCUACUACAUCAGCAACCAUCUGAAAGUGAAUUCGUUCACUUGCCUGUGGAACAGAGGAGAGAUAUGUUUGAAUCUCUCACAUCCUCCUUUGAAAAAAGAAGUGAAAAGAACGUAAGACUGGAAGCCCCACCCAGGCAUGGUAUGAAGUCUGAGGAGUGUAAAUCUAAGCUGAUUCCGUCUCACUCAAAGACCACAACUGAAAUCAGUACAGCAAAAGAGAAAAUAAAUCCAUAUAAUGAAGGCAGUAACAGAGAGAGAACUCUGAAAAAAAGUAAAUCAGAAUUAGAAAUCAAAUGGCCACCAGCAAAAAAAAUUGAGGCAGAAGAGGUCCCAUCAACACCCCCGUGGUGUCAUCGUGCCCAGAACUGGGGAACAAAUUACGAACCCAAAAUGGGUUUGACAACCUUUAAAGUUGUCCCUCCCAAACCUGAAGUAAAACAUUCUGAUAGAGGAACUUCAGUCUCCACUGGUGCCAUUAAGAUAGACGAACUAGGCAACCUUAUCAACCCAAAGGUUGUGGUCAGUAAGAACAUACCAGGUUCCUCUACUGGUGAAAGUGAGGAAAUUCCUCUCGGGAAAGUGAAGGAAUUUUGGAGGUCAAGUUCUGUGGAAAAACAAAGCGAUGACUCUGCUGAGCAUCUUGCUAAAAAGCCAGCAGUUAACACAAACUCUAAGUCCUUCGCUACAAAACAGGAACACAAACCUGUCAGUCCUGCAGCUCCAAAACCUGUAGCACCACAAACUGUUACUUCCCAGGUAGCUGAAAAACCGUCUGAGAACGAAAAGACCAAACCACCUCUUCCAGUCACGCAGUCUCAGGUAAAACCAUUAAUGGCCCCAGCUGUUAAUAAAGACAAGAUGGAGCUUCCGUUUCUAAAACCUCAUAGGAGAACUUCAAGUCAGUAUGUCGCCUCUGCCAUUGCAAAACACAUCAACCUACCUACCUUUAAGCCUGACUCUGCAGAAUUUCAUGAGAAAGAUGAAUAUAAGCAUGGAGCAGGAGAGGCUAAAACUGAAGCAGAAGUUUCCCCCAAAAGGUGUAUUAUUGUGGACAAUUCCAGCCCUGUGGAAACGGAAUCGGCAGAAACAACAGAAAAAAAUGCAAAUAUUUUUACUAGCAGUCAAAAAGUAUCCCACAGGCUCACACCUGGUGAUAAUUCUGGCAUGGAAAACAAAGUAGUUAACAUCAGGGCACCAAAUCAAGCAACUCCUGCUAGUUUCUAUAAAAAGAAUGUCAGUGUCCCACUUACUAAAUCCUCUCUGAAGGAUAACGACGGUACAGAAGAUGAGCACAGUUUAAAUGGCAAAGAAAGUAUAGCGGAGAAAAAGAAGCGUCUUUUGUUGGACCAGAAAUGUGAGACUUUGCCCCGUAGUAACUCAGCCUCCUCUCUCAAGUCACCUGAUCUCCAAGGAGUCUCGCCCCCCUUCAGCUCGUCUUUGCGGAUCACUAAAUGGCCUCCUACUGACAGCAUGCAAGUGAGUUCGCUGAGGGCAUCGCCCAAGUUAAAUGGUGUGACAGCAAAGGCAGAGUCAGAACAGAAGGACAAACCUGAUGAUUCACUUACUAAUGCUGUUGGCGAACUGGAUGUUAAUGUGCAGACCAAUAUCUUUGGACCAAAGAAGAAGUUCAAACCUGUUGUCCAAAAACCAAUUCCUAAAGACACGUCACUGCACAGUGCCCUAAUGGAAGCCAUUCAAACAGGAGGGGGAAAGGAGAAGCUCAGGAAGGUUUCAGACAGUGCACUAUACGGCAAUCACAACAAACCCUCAUAUGCUGAGCCAGAGAAUGAGCGCUCAGCCCUGCUAGCAGCAAUUAGAGGCCACAGUGGCACCUCGAAGCUGAAAAAGAUCUCCUCAUUGGCUUCUGAAGAGCUCCAGAGUUUUAGGAAUGCAGAGCUGUCCUUGCAGAAAACAGAAGACUCUCAGGAAGAGCUAUUCUGUAUCCCACCUGCCCCUGCUCAGCCACCACCUCCACCACCUCCAACUCAGCUGUCAACAGCAGCUCCUAAUUCCUCUGCUACAACUGCAGGUGACCCUGGGGAGGCAAGGCGAGCCCUAAUGGAGGCUAUUCGCUCUGGUGCUGGAGCAGCAAAGUUAAAAAAGGUCCCUCUGCUCGUUUGAAUCAUGUAUAAAGAACAGGUAAUUGGAAAUCUAACCCCAUAUGCACCCAUAAUCAUCAUUCAAGGUCUGAAGUGGCAAAAAACAUCAAGAAGUUUAGUUUAUUCUCUUGUCUACGAGCCAAAAUAAGUUGUAGUUAAUUUUCUGUGUGUUCCUGCAUAAUGGUUCUAAGGGAAAAAUGUGUUGCUCUGCUGUAAAGCAUCUGUGCCAAGGAAUUGUGUUUUGCCUCUGAAUAUUUAAGGUUGCCAAUAAACUAUUCUUGUUGGCAGGUUAAUAAGAAUAUAAACACUGUGCAGUCCUGUGUUAAUACUUAAUUGUGUUUAUGGGCAAAAUAAAAAGGCUUUGCUAGCUAUCUGAAAAGUAAUAUUCAUUUCAAGUUGUUAAAAAUAUGUAACUGUUAUAAACUCUUCACUUGCUUCUUAUUUGGUUGAGAAAAGGGCUGAAAGUGAUCAGGGAGAAAAAAAAGAGAAUAAAGAUCUAUAGAAAAAAAUCACAAGAAAAAGGUUACGGUACAUUAUGAGGGACCUUAAUUUUCAUAUGAUGGAGUCUUUUUUUUUUUUUUUUUUUUUUUUUAAGAUUAGAUAAACUUCAUAUCUUUGGUGGAGCUCUGUGAAAGCAGGCAAUCAAUAAUGAUUGAGACUGUGUCUACUGAAGAGUUACUUAUGGGAUAUGACGUAUAGAAUACUAAGCUGUAUAGAUAUACCGAACCCUAGUAACGUUUGUGGCACUUUAAAAAUACUGAGACACCUUAAGGGAUCUCUAUUUGCGACAGACUGUGAAGGUUACUAGUAAGAUUUCAGAGCACUGCAUAGAGGUCCAAGGUCUAGAAUUCAUUCCCGCACUGCAGAAGGAAGUGAAGCUGGUUUGGAUCAGUAGUCAGGACUUAGUCCCUUGGUCAGGUCAUGCGUAAGUUGGCCUUUUGUUUCCAGGUUGUACUGCUGUUGUAUGUUGUCUCAUGAGUAUUUAUAUAGCAGCAUCUUUUUCAAAUGUUAACUACUUUGGUAGUUGUUGUUGUACAUAUUUUGAAAAUAUUUCAUUAAAUUGAAAUGAUUAACUUAUAAAAGAGGGAUCAAAAUGCUUUUUCGUAUUUCCUAUAUUGUAAUGAAGUGGAGGAAGAGGAAGUUUGUACAUUUACACUUUUAUAAUCACAGGCCAGAGUGAUGGUAGAUCCUUUUUUUUUUUUUUUUAGCUGAAAUUUAAAAUGUAUGCCUAUGUAAUGUUGAGAGCAAGAGAAUAUUUAGCCAUCUGCAUUUAAUAUGACUGUAUAUUAUAUAUUGUAAAAUAUUGAUGUCUGUUAGUGCCACAAAUAAACAUAAAAUCAAACCUUA